AUGGACAACCAAAACAUUUCCUGUGAUUCCUUUUUCCCCUGUACCUCAGCAGAUGUGCUGGUGUCCAGCACGGUUCUGGGUCUGUGCUGUGUGCUUGGUGUACCCGGUAAUCUAGCGGUGCUGGUCCUGCUUGCUCAUCAUAUAAAAGAAGGCAGCUUCACCCCAAAACUGAUGCUGAGUCUGGCCGUCUCAGAUUUACUGAGUCUGAUUUUUCUGCCGGUGUGGAUCUAUGCCCUUCUGAAUGGCUGGGUUUUUGGCCAAGCUCUGUGUAAGUUGUUUUCCUAUGUCGUCUACUGGAGCCUCUACAGCAGUGUGCUUUCUGUUACCUUGUUGAGUGUGCAAAGGUACCUGCAGGUGCUUUAUCCACAGCGAUGGGCGAAGCUUGGACAGAAGGGCCAAAAAGGGCUGAUUUUUGGCAUAUGGACUUUAGGUGGAACUUUGGCUUCUUAUGCUCUUUAUUUCAGAAACCUCAGAUUAAAGAAGGAUGGGCUCCUGCGCUGUUAUCAAGAUUUUAGGAGUAAUCAAGAAAAAGUAAUUGUCUUGCUUCUUGAGAAUCUGGUGAUGUUUGUUGUGCCUCUCUGCAGCUUGUUGCGCUACUACUAUCAACUUCACCGACGGAUAAAUCAAUCAGCUUCUUACAGAAGACACAGACUGACAAAACUGGCCAUCAGAAUUGUAGUGACCUUCUUCAUUUUUGGAACACCCUGUAUGAUCAACAACUUUGUGGAUAUGGCAGUGUCAUGGGAAUCAGAUGUCAGCUAUAACGUAACCGGGGCUCUUUUCUUCAUCAACAGCUGCGUGAAUCCUUUUCUUUAUGCUUUCUCGGCCCGAAGUCUGCUUUUCAGAGGCAGACCGGACUCAGACCAGCCCAAUCAGAAUGAAAGUAACAUCACACAACAUAAUCAAAAUGAGUAA